GUAGGUUAGGUUAGGUUAAUGUCAGAGAAAAAGCAAAGUAGUGUUAUAUCCUAACAAGAAAAGAAAUAUUUAUAAAAGUGAAAAGUGAAAAAGAAAGCAUGUCUCUAUUUCCAGCUUAUUCAAAUGUUAAUUCUGAAUCAACAAGUUGUGAUAAUGCAGAUAAUGCUACCACAGAAUGGUUAUCCAAUUCAAGUUUUCAAACAAAAGUGCAAUUGAAAAAAGAUUCACCUGACUUAUAUCUGUAUUCUUCAUCCGAUGAAUCUUUACAUGAUGCUUCUAAUGCAGAAGAACAAAUACAAUUUAAAGCAACUUCUUCAAAUGUAAAAGUAUAUCAACAUACAAAGCAAAAAGAACUUAAAAUUGAUAAAACACAAAAGGCAGGGAAAAAAAAGCACACACAUGACAAUAAGCGAUUCAAACCAGAAUACGAGCAAGAUGUUAAAAAUGUGUACUUUGAAGACAGGCAUAGAGAUAAAGGGAAUAAUAAUAUAAAUACAUUUUCCUCUAGAAUGAGACCAUUUUAUGAUGUUAAUAAAAAAUCUAUUGGUUUUGUUAAAUACAAGCAGCCAAAAAAAGAUGCAUCGCACAGAUAUUAUGUCAAAAAUAUUGAUUUUGUUGAGGCAGAAAAGAAAAAGGAUACAGUUAAAAAAACAUCUGCGAAGGAAAUUUUAAAAGAAGACCCAGAAACAGAUGAAAGUUUAUCUUCUUGGUGCAAGAAUUUAGAAGAGGAACAGAUACGCAAAACUCGAGAAUAUAAUGAGCAACUGACAGAAAAUCCACAUAAUAUUGAGCUCUGGCUGCAGUACAUCAAUUUUCAGGAUACUCUAGUUCACUAUCAGAGACACCAAUUGGCCAAAGAUACGCGUCGAGCUACAAUAUUAAAGAAGUUAUCUAUUGUGGAAAAAGCGCUUGAAAAAAAUGACUCCAAGGAAUUAUUAAAACUAAAAUUACAUUUUAUGACAGAGUUAACACCUUCUGAUGAACUGUCAACUCAAUUGGAAACUUUAGUUAAUAAAGACUCAGGGAAUAUUGUAUUAUGGCAACACUUUAUUAUGAUCACACAAGCUUCACUGGCUAUAUGUACUGUACCUCGAGUGUUGGUUUUAUAUUCAAAAUGUUUUAACAUACUGAGACAGCGUGCAAGAACAAAUCCUUCUGUCUAUGAUGAACAACUACUAUAUAUGCUGUAUCAAUGCUUAAUUUUCCUAAGGCAUACAGGAUUAUGGGAACAAAUGUGGGAAACAAUACGCCUAAACCUGAAUUUGAAUCUGGAUUUGAACAGGAAUAGUUUAUCUUUUCAAGGACCAAUAGAUGAAAAGAAAUUAAUUGAAAUGGAAGAAAUGAUAAUCAUAUCACAAUUACCGCUUAAUCAAUUAUGGCAAAGGACGGAAUCAUUGAGAGAAAAUUGUCAUUGGAUUAGUGUGACUAAGGACGAUUUAGAACUGGUUGGAGAUUCUCGAAGAUAUAUUUUACCAGACGAUGUAGCAGACUUUGUACAUCCAAUUCUCUCUCGUAACUCAAACUUUAAAAUGGCUAUUUAUUCUUUUUUGUGCUUAAAAGUACCGCUUCUACCUUGUCGAGAUUAUUAUAUGAAGGAGUUAUCAUUGAAAGAUUUCCAUUGGGGAGUAGAAUCUUUAGAAGUAUUACUUCCAUUCAUGUAUCCUAUGGUAGGCGAAAUGGCUGGUCACAAUCAAAGAAAAGAAUUGUUGAAGGAUGUUCUUGAAGGACGAUUAACAUCGGGUCCUCAAUAUCUUCAGUUUCAUCCAGCGCAAGAGCCAUACUUAGAUUUUGUACGUAAAAUAUUUCACACAAUCGCGGAAAGCUUACCUUCGUUGCAACGAACGAACAUAUAUGUUUGGUGGCUGCGAUUAGAAAGAUUGGUAGUUUCCCUCAACAAAGAUGAGCCCAAAUACGCCAAUAAAGCAAAGAAACUGAGGGCAGCAGUAAAAGAAUUUUUAAAGAAGGAAGAAAAUAGAAAUAAUUUAUAUUUUUAUAAGGAAUACGCUUUGAUAGAAUUGGAAAUGGGCAGAUUCACUAAUUGCAUGAACAUUCUUGAAUAUGCCAUUCAAUGUCAAGAGACAUGUCCUUCUUCAAUUACGGACAUGUCUGAAAGAGCAGCGCUCUUCCAUGUGUACAGGACGUUCAUCGAGACUUUACUUGAUACCAGAACGUACCAUCAGUCGCACAACAAAUGGAUAUUAAAAAUCUUUGGUCAAAUGGUACCUGACAAAAGUGAAAAUCAGGACUCAUUGGUGGAAGAAUAUUUACAUUCGUACGUAGAAAAAUUUCUGGAAAAUCCUCCUGCUGAGAAUAUAAAAGAUACUUUCUUUCUAUCAAACUUGGAAUGCGAUGCGAUUGUAUGUUAUGCGUACUUCCUGUAUGUCAAAUACAAUCAUAUUAAAACUGUUAUCGAUGUAUUGAGGAAGUGUAUCGAUCAUUCUGUGGAGCAUCCCUGUUUACAGGAAAUGUUAUACGAAAGCCAAAUUGCAAUUUUGCAAUUACAUUACGAACGGACUCAGAAAUUGCAGGAUAUGUUAAAAGAAACACUGAGUGCAACCUUAGGCUUAUAUCCGAAUAAUUUUUAUGCCUUAUCUAUAUUUGCUAUCAUAGAGAGUGAAUUGCCGACCUGGAGAUUCAACAGUACGAACACUGAAAUUGAAUUGUGGAGAGCCAUUGCAAUGUGUCUGGCCGCUCGCAGACGUAUUGAUAUAUUAGUAAAACUUGAUAAUCCUGAUGCAGUGAACGCUAUGUUGAACAAACUGUUAUCGUUUCAUCAAACCCUCUCUAGGACACCAUCGACCAGAUGUUGCCCAUUACUUUGGAGACUGUAUAUGCUCCUUCUUCGAGAGCACGAGCUGUGCGAGAAAAAGGGAGAAGAAAUUUAUCAUGAGAGUGUUGCACAAUGUCCAUGGGCAAGAAGCAUUUAUAUAGAUGCGGCUGAAAUAGCACCCCAACUUCUCACACAAAUUCAGGAUCUUAUAUGCGAAAAAGAAUUGAGAAUGCACGUCACACCUGAAGAAUUGGAUAUUUUGCGUGGAUAAUAUAGUUACUUAAUAUUCAUAAAAAUGUACAGUGCUGCUUGUUUCAUAUUAAUUUUCUAUUUUACAUAAUAAAUUUAUUAUAGAAACAAUAUACUUAGAAUUUUUAUAGCACAUAUGUUGAAAAUAUGUAAGAAUACAGAGAGCGUGUAAAUAGUUAUUCAUUCAUUGUGUAAUU